GCACUGCCUCUUCCCGGGGCAGGACAGCGGAGGAGGAGAAGGAGGCGCGGUGGCAGCCGCCAAGGGGCGGAGGAGAAGGCGGGAUCGCCCUGGAAGGCUGCGAGGCUGGUGGUCCGCUCCGCCGCCGCCGCGCCGAAGGGAGUCGCUCCGCCGCGCCCCAGGUAAAGAAGAUGUGAAGUGAAGUCCCUCCAGACACCCGGAGCUGGUCCAGCAAGCUUUCCGGCCAUUCCUUUCCAGCCAUUCCUUUCGGCGAGGAGAUGUCAGGUCCUGUCCUUGGACUUUUCUACCCGGUGUUCCGCAUCGCUUUGUUGUGUUCCAGAGCCCAGGACAGAAUAAGAGAGAGGAUUGGAACGGAUACGGAGCAGCAAAGGUGUGACCUGAGGAAGCAGAACACUUGCUGAAGAGCUGCUACCUCACCCGCAGACCCACCGGGAGAGUGUCCAUGAGCCACUAGCUCUUGGUGACUGGGCUGGUAGAUUUAGGGACUACAAUGGAAGAGAAUGUGUUCAGUGUCCAGCAAAUCCAGCCCAACGUCAUCUCGGUGAAGCUCUUCAAGCGCAAGGUCGGAGGCCUUGGGUUCCUGGUGAAGGAGCGCAUCAACAAGCCCCCGGUGAUCAUCUCCGACUUGAUCCGUGGAGGGGCAGCCGAACAAAGUGGCCUUAUUCAGACAGGAGAUAUCAUCCUGGCAGUCAAUGGAAGGCCCCUGGUGGAUAUGAACUAUGACGCUGCCCUGGAGGUGCUCAGGAACAUUGCCUCAGAGACCUUCGUCGUCCUCAUCCUGAGAGGCCCCGAGGGCUUCACCACUCACCUGGAGACAACCUUCACUGGUGACGGGACUCCAAAGACUGUCCGGGUCACCAGGCCCCUGUGUGUGGCUCCAGCCACGGUUGAACUGCCCACUGACUCCACCCUGUACACCAAGCCCAAACGGCAGAGCCCAGACCGCGGCAUGGGCGGCUCCGUCAGCUCCCGGUGUGCCCGGGUGAACGGGCAAGGGGAUGAGGCUCUGGUGCACAUCAACGGCAUGGUUGCCAGCACCAUAGCCGGAGACUCUCUGAAAGGUACCAAGGAGGUUUCUGAUCAUUGCCUUAAUGGUGGCUUCGAAAACAGUGAACUGCUCAAAGAGAUCGAACCCGUCCUGGAUCUUCUGAAAAGCAACAGCAAGGAACUCAAUGGAGACGUGCCACCCAAAAUCGAAAUGAGAGAUGUAGAGGUCCAGGUGGACAGUCUCCAGGAAGUGGACUGGAAGUCACCGAAAUUGCCAGCAGGCACGGAGAAUGACCGAGUCUUCAGUGAUCUGUGGGAAAAGACAGACAUCCCGGCUGCCAACAGCAACACCACUUCGGAGAAGCUGCCGCCCUCAGACCGGCCAUCGCCGACCAAGAAUCUGGUGAACGGGAGCCCUUCCAAGUGCCCACGCUUUGCCAAAGUGAAGAACUGGGAGACCGGCUGUGUGCUGAGCGACACGUUGCAUCUGAAGAGCACCAUGGUGACCCCCUGCAGUGAGCAAGUCUGCAUGGGCUCCAUUAUGAUACCUUCCCAGCAUGUUCGGAGGCCAGAAGAAGUCCGGACGAAGGAGCAGCUGCUCCCGCUGGCAAAAGAAUUCAUCGAUCAGUACUACUCGUCUAUCAAGAGGUUUGGCUCCAAGGCCCACAUGGAGCGGCUGGAAGAGGUAACCAAAGAGAUCGAAGCGACUGACACCUACCAGCUGCGAGAUACGGAGCUGAUCUAUGGGGCCAAGCAUGCCUGGCGUAACGCUGCCCGCUGUGUGGGCAGGAUCCAGUGGUCCAAGCUGCAGGUGUUUGAUGCCCGGGACUGCACCACGGCCCAUGGGAUGUUCAACUACAUUUGCAACCACAUAAAAUACGCUACGAACAAAGGGAACCUCAGGUCUGCCAUCACCAUAUUUCCCCAGAGGACGGAUGGCAAACAUGAUUUCCGGGUCUGGAACUCUCAGCUCAUCCGCUACGCCGGCUACAAACAACCAGAUGGCACGAUCCUUGGAGAUCCAGCCAACGUGGAGCUGACCGAAAUCUGCAUACAGCAAGGGUGGAAAGCGCCCAGGGGACGAUUCGACGUCCUGCCACUCCUUCUCCAAGCCAAUGGCAAUGACCCAGAGCUUUUUGAAAUCCCACCUGAACUGGUGCUGGAAGUACCCAUCCGGCACCCCAAGUUUGCCUGGUUUAAAGAGCUGGAGCUGCAAUGGUACGGCUUGCCAGCAGUUUCCAACAUGCUGCUAGAGAUUGGAGGCCUGGAGUUCUCAGCUUGUCCUUUCAGCGGCUGGUACAUGGGCACCGAGAUCGGCGUCCGUGACUACUGCGACAACUCUCGCUACAACAUCCUGGAGGAAGUUGCCAAAAAGAUGAACCUGGACAUGCGGAAGACCUCUUCCCUAUGGAAGGACCAGGCGUUGGUAGAGAUCAACAUUGCUGUCUUAUACAGCUUCCAGAGUGACAAGGUGACCAUCGUGGAUCACCACUCGGCCACUGAGUCCUUCAUCAAACACAUGGAGAACGAGUACCGCUGCCGGGGAGGCUGCCCUGCGGAUUGGGUCUGGAUCGUCCCACCGAUGUCUGGAAGCAUCACUCCGGUCUUUCACCAGGAAAUGCUCAACUACAGGCUGACGCCCUCCUUUGAGUACCAGCCUGAUCCUUGGAACACGCACAUCUGGAAGGGGCUUAACGGCACCCCCACCAAGAAGAGAGCCAUCGGCUUUAAGAAGCUAGCUAAAGCUGUGAAGUUCUCUGCUAAGUUGAUGGGGCAAGCGAUGGCGAAGAGGGUGAAGGCGACCAUUCUGUAUGCCACAGAAACAGGGAAGUCCCAGGUCUAUGCAAAAACCUUGUGCGAAAUCUUCAAGCAUGCCUUCGAUGCCAAGGUGAUGUCAAUGGACGAGUACGACACCGUCCACCUGGAACACGAGACCCUUGUGCUGGUGGUGACGAGCACCUUUGGCAAUGGAGACCCACCUGAGAAUGGGGAGAAAUUUGGCUGCGCUCUGAUGGAAAUGAAGAAUCCCAACUCCAACCUGGAAGAGAGCAGGAGCUACAAAGUGCGUUUCAACAGCGUCUCCUCGUAUUCCGAUGCUCGGAAGUCCUCGACUGAUGGACCAGAAGCCAGGGACAACUUUGAGAGUACCGGUCCCCUAGCGAACGUCAGGUUCUCUGUCUUUGGCCUGGGCUCCCGAGCGUACCCCCACUUCUGCGCCUUUGCCCGGGCUGUGGAUACACUCUUGGAAGAGCUGGGAGGAGAGCGCAUCCUCAGGAUGGGCGAGGGAGACGAACUGUGUGGACAGGAGGAAUCCUUCCGGACGUGGGCCAAAAAAGUCUUCAAGGCAGCGUGUGAUGUGUUCUGCGUCGGUGACGACGUGAACAUCGAGAAGGCCAACAACUCCCUCAUCACCAACGACCGGAGUUGGAAGAGAAACAAAUUCCGCCUCACUUAUGUGGCCGAAGCCCCCGAACUGACGCAAGGAUUGUACAGCAUCCACAAAAAGCGCAUCUCUGCAGCCCGGCUUCUAACACGUCAAAAUCUACAAAGCCCCAAAUCCAGUCGCUCUACGAUCUUCCUGCGACUUCACACGAACGGGCACCAGGAGUUGCACUACCAACCCGGGGACCACCUGGGGGUGUUUCCGGGCAACCACGAAGACCUGGUCAAUGCUUUGAUCGAACGGCUGGAAGAUGCGCCUCCUACCAACCAGCUGGUGAAAGUGGAGCUGCUGGAAGAGAGAAGCACAGCUUUGGGUGUCAUCAGCAACUGGACAGAUGAGGACCGCAUCCCACCUUGUACCAUCUUCCAAGCGUUCAAAUACUAUCUGGAUAUCACCACCCCUCCCACUCCAAUCCUGUUGCAGCAGUUUGCCUUACUGGCCACCAGUGACAAGGAGAAAAAAUGCCUCCAAAUUCUCAGCAAGGGUCUGCAGGAAUACGAGGAAUGGAAGUGGUCCAAGAACCCCACGAUGGUCGAAGUGCUGGAAGAGUUCCCGUCCGUGCAGAUGCCGUCCACGCUCCUCUUGAGCCAGCUCCCGCUGCUGCAGCCCCGCUACUACUCCAUCAGCUCCUCCCCCGACAUGUACCCUAACGAGGUGCACCUCACGGUGGCCGUGGUCUCCUAUCGCACCAGAGAUGGGGAAGGGCCAAUACACCACGGAGUCUGUUCCUCCUGGUUCAACCGGAUACAGGCGGAUGAAAUAGUGCCAUGUUUUGUCAGAGGAGCUCCCGGGUUCCACAUGCCACAAGAUCCACAGGUUCCCUGCUUCCUGAUUGGUCCUGGGACUGGGAUCGCGCCUUUCCGGAGCUUCUGGCAGCAGCGGCUUUUUGACAUCAAGCAAAAAGGGCUGAAGCCGUGCCCCAUGACGCUGGUCUUUGGUUGCCGACAGUCCAAGAUAGACCACAUCUACAGAGAGGAGACUUUGCUGGCCAAAAACAAAGGCGUCUUCAAAGAGCUGUACACAGCCUACUCCCGCGAGCCAGACAAGCCGAAGAAAUAUGUGCAGAACAUCCUGCAGGAGCAGCUGGCUGGAUCCAUCUACAAGGCAUUGAAAGAGCAGGGCGGCCACGUCUACGUGUGCGGCGACGUCACCAUGGCUGGGGACGUCCUGAAGACCAUCCAGUACAUUGUCCAGCAGCAGGGCAAGAUGGCCCCCGAGGAGGCCAGCGCUUUCAUUAGCAAGCUAAGGGAUGACAACCAGUACCACGAGGAUAUAUUUGGCGUCACUUUGCGCACAUACGAAGUGACCAACCGCCUCCGAUCCGAGUCGAUUGCGCACAUCGAGGAGAGCAAGAAGGACACGGAUGAGGUGUUUUGUUCCUAACCUUGCUGCCCGAGAUGGGAUGCCAAGCCAGGCCAGCCGCAGCAGGGGCUGGCUCUGUACUGACACCCCCACAUCCGCUCCUUUUCUCCAGGGAUGUGACGGCCCAUGACAAGCGCUCGCCUGUGCCUCGCCCCGUCGUGUCCUGAGGGGACGCCUCUUGGCUGAUGGUGAUGGAGGAGUUGACGGCGAUGCUGCUGCUGAUAUUCUUUUCCCCUCCGUGCAUCCUGUGGCAGUUUCUCUUAUCUCUGUGUGCCCUUCUCCAGAGUCCUCUGCUGAUGUGUGAUGGCUUUUAACAACCUGCCGCGGCUCUUACAAACACAUACAAACCCACACCUUCCCUUCCUCUUGUCAGCGACAAGGCCGGGGGCCCUGGGGGUGGUUGCAUGCGAUCACCAUCAUCUGCAUCUUCUGGCGUUCCAGCGGGGCAGGGUCCGGGGAUCGAGGCCGCCUUCCCGUCAAGGAAGCCGCAGAGAACUGGGGACUUGCUGCCCUGUUUGGCAAAACCCUCUGGCUGGCAUGAUUGGCUUCAAGCAGUGGGUCCAGCUUCUCCCGUCCCUUUUGUUCUCUGUCCCCUGGCGGGAAAACUGGCCAACGGCUGCUCUGAUGACUUUGCCCGUGUGUAGCCUCUCCAUCCCCUACAGGAUGGGGGACUGCUCUCUGUUGAACAGGUAACGGUCUCCCCGUUCAUCAGCAUGCUGUGUUCUGAUUGCACUGUCUUAAUGUACCUGCGUCCCCACGUCUCCUCUCCCCGUGCCUGCCUCCUCAGCCCUCUGCGGUGUGGCUCAGCACCAGUGUUGUGAUCACAAAGGGGGUAGAUCUUGUGGAGUCUUGCUAGGACUAAGAGCAUACGGGAGAUCCUUCUAGGAACGUUUUGCUCCGUUUACUCCCUGGGAGGGGGCGUCUCGCCUUGGUCCUCCUCCACAGGACAGAAAGAGCAAGGACUGUGCCAAGCGACUGCUUCUGUGGAGCCACAGACCGUGGGCCAAGAAGCCACGGAGAGGAAUGGCCAGGCUUCCCAGGCCUCCCGGCGCUCCGCUCCUCCACCCCACUUGGCUGCAGGGCCGUUGUUUCCAGCACAGAAACGCUGCUUGCUUUGUAAGCUGAUGCCUAUGCGGAUUUAAGGGGGCACUUUAAAACGAGCCAGGUGGACAUGGCAAAGUUAUACAGGCAGGCUUGCCAGGGCAUCCCAGUUAGGUGCACCAACCGGUGCAGUGUCCUUCUGGAAGCAACUCCAGGCCGGUCUGCAGGAUGAGUGAAAUUGCCCACUGUGGACUCUCUUGUGGCAAAAGCCGCCAAAGGCGCUGCUCCUCUGCCCCACUAGCGCUAGGCCCAAGAGCACCUCUGGUCCGGCCCAUCUGCAGAUGAGGGAGAAAUGGCCCAAGGGCAGAUCCCUGGCCCAAAGGCCUCUGGGAAGUCUCUCUUGGCUCUCCACCAAGUUCCUGACUCAUCAAGACCAAGUGGGAGAGGCUCCAUGCUUUUUUCGGGAUCAGGAAUGGGCAGAGGUGUUUCUAGGCCUGAGCUGGGACACUCAAUUUAUUUUCCAGGGCUUCAGUUCUCUUUGCCUCAGCACUGAGUGCUCCUUGCUGCCAAUGGAAAGGGAGUUUCCUCAUCAGCUUAACUGCUAGGACAAGAUAGCCAUCUUGGGAGGUCGUCUGCCCUGAACUGUGGCUGAGAAAUAGAGGGCUUCCUUCCCAUCCCCUGGCAGUCCAUGGGUCAAGAAUCCACACAUGGGCUGUUUGAAGCUAUUUCCUGGUGGCUCACGACCCUAAUAAAAUUAUUAGCCAUGAUGGUUAUCAGUAAGUUUCACAGAAAGACGUUUUUAAAAAUUGUGCUAAAAAUAAGCCCAAACUAUAUGGUUAUAUGUGAUGUACAAUAAUGUGGCAACUAAGCUGCUGAAAAUGAAGAUUACUUUGAAUCUGUUCUUGCAGAAGAAAAUGAUGACUCUAACCUGGUUUGCAGACAACAGCCUGAGUAUAGGUUGAAUAUAGUUUGCUGAAUUGUGGUUUAACAUUGAAUCAUGGGUUAUAGUGUUGUUAACCACAAGCAACCCAGGAUUCAUGACCCAAAAACAAACCAUGUUUUUUCUUCUUAAUCACAAACAGUGCAUAGCUAAACCAUAAAGCAAGGGUCCACAUGUAACAAUAAUCCCCUGAUUCCGGAACAACCCGUAUCCAACCUGUACUCGAGUUUGUCAUCGCACUGGAAUCAGGCCAAUGAGUUUUAUGAUUAAACCUGCUUACAUGCUUUGAAUGAGUUGAAAAGCUUUUGAGAAAACUUUGUAUUUUGUUGUUUUUGCGCAUUUGUGAAUGUAGAUUAUGGUAGCAACAUACCAGCAUAAUAAAAAGUAUUGUCAUUGAAUCAAGUGAUCCUUCGUUUCCAUCUCUCCAGCUUAGGCAAUAUAGAAUACACGGCAUUUGUCUUAUUUAUUUAUUUAUUUUGGUCACUUCUUGCUCACAUCUAUUAAAUGUACUCUUCAGCCA